AUGGAUCGGUUUAGUAGAGUUGUAAGUGAUCCUGCAUUCUCAGAAUUAACUCUAGAAGUGGCAAGAUUCCCCAAGAGUCUUGAAGGGUGGGAGAGACUUUUAAAUCAUUUAACGACUGUAGCAUCUCCAUUAAAUAAGAAUAUCGAUACAAGACUCUACCAAUUGUUAAUAUCCACUUACCAAUCUUUUCUUUGCCAGUUCCCCUACUUAGAGAAUUACUAUGUGGAUUAUGCCCUAUUAGAAUAUAGGUUGGGCCAUUUGAACAAAAUGCAUAGAAUAUUCCAACAUGGAUUGGCGGUAUUCAAUAACAAAUCUUUACUGCUAUGGACAUCUUACCUCAAGAUUUGCAAUGAAGUUGUACCAAAAAGCAAGCAAUUGUUAGAGAAAUACGAAUUGGCAGAAGACCAUAUCGGUAUGCAUUUCUUUGCAGGUGAAUUUUGGCAGAUGUAUUUGGAACAAGUCAAAUUAAGAAGUAACCAGCAACAGAGGUUCUUCUCCAUACUAAGGAAAACAUUAGAGAUACCGUUGUACUCCUUUAGCCAUUUCUACGCAGUCUGGCUUCGAUGCGUGGAUGAUAUACAAGAUCUAUCUCAGUUGAAGAAACUGGCACCCAAAGAAGAUCUUAUUAAAAAAUUGAAGAUUGACAUCGAUACAGGUGGCAGGAAAGGUCCUCGAUUGCAAGAGGCCAAGAAACUAUUGAGGAAAUUCACUCGUGAAUUGUAUUUGGUCAUCCAGUACCAAGUUCUCGAGAUUUACUCACUCUACGAGUCCAAGAUACAGACGCGCUACUAUGUGUCUCCAGAAACUCUUAUACCUACCCAUGAACUAGAACUUUGGCAAAAAUAUUUGGAAUAUACAGUGAAUUUGAAAAUUGAUGACUUAACCCAUUUAAAUUUCCAAAGAGCUCUCUUACCAUUGGCGCACUACGACAUCGUUUGGAUCCAAUAUGCACGCUGGCUCGUGGAUUGGAAAGAGGAUUUGUUAACCGCUAAACAAGUUUUGACUAAGGGAAUCUCAUUAUCACUGAAAAAAAGUAAACUGCUCAAAUUUUUGUACACUAUCUUGUGCAGUUUAAACGAAUUCGACCAAUUACAAUGGAUCAUUGACCAUGUUGAAACUGCAUACUCAAACCAUAUUGAAGAAACCGAUGAUUUUGAAUUAUUUUGGGACUAUGUCCAUUUCCAACUUUUUAUCAAGCCUCAAUCAGGCGAUGUAUUAGACAUUAUCAGUAGACGUUUGGACCAUUGUCAAGCAAGAGAAGGGCAAUUCUUGUUGUUAUCUGCCUUAUUACAACUGCAAAAAAUGGAUAACACAUCCUCCAUUGAAGAUAGAAUUUUCCAGCAUUUGAUAAAAAACAAUUGGGAUUACUAUUUAAAAGACGGCAGAUUCUGGUCACUCUACAGUCGACUAAUCUAUCUAGACCCCAAUAGAUCUUAUUUGGAAAGAAGAAGAUGCAUCUCAAACCAAGUGUGGACUAAAGCUCGUGAACGUCCUACAAAAAGUGAAAUAUUACCUCAUUUACAGCAGUUCUGUCAAUCCUAUUUGCCUGAAGAUAUUGACCACUUAGAAGAUUUAUUCCAAUAA